AGCUUACGGACGGCAAACCCCUCUUCUCUAUGAUAAUGCCCUUGAAUAGAUGAGGCCGUGCAAAGUCAUUUGCUCUCAUACUGCUGUCGUUGAGAAUAUUUAGAGGUUUUUCUCUUCAGUGUGUUUUGUCUUUGUUUUGUUUUUUUAGAGGUUUUGUCUGAGUUUCGGUUUUAUUUUUCUGGGGCAGAGACAAUGGCUUUCUUCAUGAAAAGCAUGAUCAGUAACCAGAUAAAGAAUUUAGGAUUUGGUGGUGGGUCUGAAGAAAAAAAAGAAGAAGGGAAUCCAUCUGAUCCUGCCACAGCCCAAGGGAUGACUAGAGAGGAGUAUGAAGAAUACCAAAAGCAGAUGAUUGAGGAGAAGAUGGAAAGAGAUGCAGCAUUUACACAAAAAAAGGGAGAGAGGGCAUGCCUCAGAGUUCAUCUCAGAGAAAAGUACAGGCUCCCAAAGAGUGAAAUGGAUGAGACUCAAAUCCAGUUGGCUGGAGAUGAUGUGGAUGUGCCUGAAGAUCUCCGGAAAAUGGUAGAUGAAGAUCAAGAAGAGGAAGAAGAUAAGGAUUCUAUUCUGGGGCAGUUACAGAAUCUCCAGAAUAUGGACUUGGACACCAUAAAAGAAAAAGCCCAGGCCACCUUCACGGAAAUGAAGCAGACAGCGGAGCAGAAGUGCUCUGUGAUGUGA